CGGAAAUUACGUUUUGUACCAUGUGAUCAGACAAGUUCCGGCGAGAACGGAAGGAAAAUGGAUUUGUUGGCAAAUUAUGAUGAUGAAAAUACAGGCGAUAAUUCUGUACCAGAUAGUCCUAAACUCAAAGAGGUAAAGGUUAAGUCCAAUUUAGCACCAAAUGUUCUAGAGAAUGAAUGGCUUUCAUUUGAGCAAAUGAUAGCACCAGGAGGUGUAGUUGGAAAUUCAGAACCGGUGAAAAGUAGCGACUUCCUUGUGAAUGGCAUAGUUGCAUAUCCUGGCAUGAAAGGCCCAACAAGCACAGCAGAGAGCGGGUUGGCACUGGAAGAACAGUCUUCUGCAAGCAGUGAUAGUGAAACAGAAGCAGGCAAGAUGGAAGAAAGUAAGCCAGUAGGAAAUGAUAAUGGUGAAGCAGAGAAGAAAGAUGAUGAGGAUGAUGAUGCCUUCUUUAGACUGAGAAAGCAAGUGAAAGAACGUGCCAGGUCAAGUUCUUCAGACAGAUCAGGGUCAACGGGGUCAAGUUCAGCAUCAUCAUCUAGGUCCGGUUCACCUUCACCGCCACAUCUGUCCCCAGUUAACAGCAUCAAGUCGCACACAAGCGACCCACCAGAUUUGACGGAGAGAGAUGAUACAGAGGCAAAAUCAUUGGUUGCACAGAUUGAUAUCAAGCUGAAGGAUAAAAAGGAAAGCAGCAUUGUCAAAUCAUCAGAUGACAAAAAGAGACCUAGGUCAAAGGAGAGAAAGAGGUCAAGGUCAAGAGAUAGGAAAAGGUCACAUAGAGAGCAUAGGUCAAAGCAUGAUCACAGCUCUUCCAAAUCCAAGCGAAGGCAUAGCAGAUCACGGUCUAAGGACCGAAAACGUCGUCGGUCUCGAGAUCGUCAUAGGCACAAGGAAAAGAAAUCACGCGACAGAAAAUCAAGUAGAAGUGAUGAGAAAAGAAGCAGAAGUCGAGAAAGAAAAGACAGUAAGAGUGAAACACGAAAGUCAGAAGGACGUGAUCGUAAGGAGAGUACUAGUGAUAAGAAAGUAUCUGAAACUCAAGCUAAAACUGAUGUUAAAAAGUCAGAAUCUAAAGACAGUAAAGAUAGUAAAGGUGAAAGUUACAGAAAGCGCAGCAGAAGUCGCAGUAAAGAUAGAAAAGAUAAGAAGAAAGAUCGAAGGAGAAGUAGAUCUCGUCAUCGGCACAGAAGUAGGAGCAAAGAAAGACGGAGUAAAGAAAGGAAAAGAAGUCGAAGUAAGGAGAGGAGACGAAGUAGAAGUAAAGACAGGAAGAGGAAGCACAGGAGUAGGAGUCGAGACAGAAGAAGUAGAAGUAGACAUAGAAGUAGGGAAAGACAUUCCAGAAGUCGGAGUAGGGAGAGAUUGAGGAGUCGCAGUCCAGUAUUGGGCAGAAAAUUAACUUUCAAAGAACAGAUGAGGAAAGAAUUUAUCAAUGCUAGCAAGGAAAUGAACCAAGAACAGAAAGUGGUGUCAGAUCUUGAUGCAUUGCGGAAGCCAGGGGAAGCAUUAAGACCAUCUGAUCUAUUGAAGGGAGUUAAACUUACUGGGGGAGAAUCUGUCACUCCACAGAUGGCCCUCAUACAGACCAUGGCAGCUAUGCACAAAAAGGCUCAAGAACUGACUGGAGUUGAAGUUCCAAAGUACUAUAAUCCUGCAGCAGUUAAUCCUCUGAAGUAUGCAGAACAAGUCCAAAAGAGGAAACUUCUCUGGUCAAAGAAAACGGAAGAAAAAGAUAAAAAUGAUCAGAUGGAGACCCAGUGGAAAUCAGCUUUUGUCACAACCGAUGACAAUAAAACAGCAUCAAAAUUCCGCAAACUUAUGGGAAUGAAAGAGGGCGAGGGACAGGUGUCGACUGAUGAGCUAACAGAGGAUGUGCAAAAACUGUCAGAGGAGCAGCAGCGUAAACAGGCAGAAUUGUUUCAGAGACUUGAUCAAGAAUAUCAGUUUGCGAGAAUGACGACCCACACACAGCGUGGCGUUGGUCUCGGCUUCUCUACAACCGUGAUAGAUCCAAAUCAUCCACAGAAUCCCCCCUGAAGAGUCCGGGACAUUGAGAUAUAACAACAAUCAUUUCUAUCUCAAUAUGUAUAUGAAUUGAAGUGCCAAUGUAAUACUGUUCUGAUCGUUUACAUACAUUGACCUAGUUGUGAAGUAUAACAAUUUGUUAAAGCCAUCUUGGAUUCAUAUUCGUGGAGAAUUUGUAUAUAUAUUGACAGAAUUCAUGCAGAAUUCAUCAUGAAAUGUGUAUGUUGAAAGUAUAGAAACUGUGUAACAGUUUUCAUAUGUUAUAUUUUAAUGUUUACCGGAUUACAAACAUAAAGACAAUAAGGACGAAUAAGUACAAGGUCGGCACCAGAACACUAACCAAGUGAUUGUCAGUUCACAUUGCUUCCGAGUGCGCACAUGUAGCAAUGAUGCGGCAAUUAACUUCUUGUAUUUCAUCAUCCAGCUUGAUUCAGUGUGGUGUGAGUUGUAAAAUCCUGGGAAGUACUGGUAAUAAUAGAAUUUAUUGGAUCAACAAAUUCAGUGUUACAACUAAUACAAUUUAAAAUUUGCCGUUCAUGAAUUAUGACAUAAUCGGACGUAGUUACAUUGGAAAUGCAGUAAAAUAUCACAAUAUUAAUAAUAGAACACUUCGUGCAGCAAAUGGAAUAGACUAUUUUUAGCUCAUCUGAUUUUUUGAAAAAAAAUGAUGAGUUAUUGUCAUCACUUGAGCGGUUGUCGGCGUCGGCGUCUGCGUCGGCGUUGCCUGGUUAAGUUUUAUGUUUAGGUCAGCUUUUCUCCUAAACUAUCAAAGCUAUUGCUUUGAAACUUGGAAUACUUGUUCACCAUCAUAAGCUGACCCUGUAUAGCAAGAAACAUAACUCCAUCUUGCUUUUUGCAAGAUUUAUGGCCCCUUUUGUACUUAGAAAAUAUCAGAUUUCUUGGUUAAGUUUUAUGUUUAGGUCAACUUUUCUCCUAAACUAUCAAAGCUAUUGCUUUGAAACUUGGAAUACUUGUUCACCAUCAUAAGCAGACCCUGUACGUCAAGAAUCAUAACUCCAUCUUGCUUUUUGCAAGAUUUAUUGCCCCUUUUGGACUUAGAAAAUCAGUUUUCUUGGUUAAGUUUUAUGUUUAGGUCAGCUUUUAUCCUAAACUAUCAAAGCUAUUGCUUUAAAACUUGCAACACUUGUUUACCAUCAUAAGUUGACCCUGUAUAGCAAGAAACAUAACUCCGUCCUGCUUUUUGCAAGAUUUAUGGCCCCUUUUUGACUCAGAAAAUAUCAGAUUUCUUGGUUAAGUUUUAUGUUUAGGUCAACUUUUUCUCUUAAACUAUCAAAGCUAUUGCUUUGAAACUUGCAACACUUGUUCACCAUCAUAAGCUGACCCUGUACAGCAAGCAACAUAACUCCAUCCUGCUUUUUGCAAUAAUUAUUGCCCCUUUUGGACUUAGAAAAUCAUUUUCUUGGUUGAGUAUUAUGUUUAAGUCAACUUUUCUCAUAAACUAUUAAAGCUAUUGCUUUAAAACUUGCAACAGUUUUUCACCAUCAUAAGUGGACACUGUACAUCAAGAAACAUAACUCUAUCCUGCUUUUUGCAAGAAUGAUGGCCCUUUUUAGACUUAGAAAAUCAUGGGUAGGACAAUAUUUCUAUUACACAAAAAAAAUCAGAUGAGCGUCAGCACCCGCAAGGCGGUGCUCUUGUUGUUUUUGCUUUUGUUAUUUAUUUAGAUUUGUCAGUUCAGGAAUAUUUCUGAAAUUCAUGUUAAUGUUGUUCCCUAAAUAUGUUAUAAAUAGUGCCUUCAGCACAGAUGAUUAUUCAGUCCUUUAAAUCAAUUGUCUUGUGAAUGUAUAUGACAUUGAAGCAUUUUUUUAAAGAAUAUGUACAAUUCAAUUGACACCAGAUGAGGGGUCAUUAAAAUAAGUGAUUUAUGAGUAAUAUUUAUAAACAUGGAGUACACAGGAAAUUACAAAAUUACUACUUCUUUUUUUCAGUUCAAGGACAUACAUUCAGUGAUGAAGGGUUUUGACAAUAACUUGUGGUUUUUUAAGGAGUUUAAAUGUGUAGAGAGAUAAGUGAUAUGUAUCUAUAAGUAAAUUAUAUGUGACUUGGGAAGUGCUAAUUAUCAUGUAUAAAUAAACAGAUCAGUUAGAAUUAGUACCUUUUUUCAUCUCAGUUUUUAGAAUUUGUUGAUAUUUUAAUCAGUUCAUUAUAACCAUUUAUUGUUAAUCAAAUUUUUUUAUGAUAGGACCUGAUAAACUGUGGCAGGCCCGUCCGCAGCCGCAUAAGGCGCCGCGCUACCGCGGCGCUUAAAACACGAAAUUCAGCUUCCCGCAGCGCUUAAAUAUCCCGCGCGGUGCCUCAAUUAUUAGCGCGGCGUCUUAAAUCAGUAAGCGAUUUCAUCCCCGAGAGAUACCUCAUGUGUAGUGUAUAUGUAAUUUCCCUGUUGACAUGCCUCGACGAUUUUUUUGAUCAGCAAAUUACGUCACGGCGAAUGCACACAGGUAAUGAGAAUCAAUGAAGUGUUAAAACUAAUUGAUAAAUAGUAUGGAUCCUGUGAAAUGUCAAAAAGGGGUGCGUAAGUGGCCAGCUGAUUACCAAGCACGUGAAAAGAGCCCUAGAUUUCUUUGUGCAAAAUUUAAAUUAGACCGUUGUUUAGUAUAAUAACAAGUAUAUAUCAAUGCAGUUUGAUUCUACUGUAAUUUAAACUAGAAAAUGCACAAAUUUUAAUGAAUAUCGAAAGUAAAAGUAAGUUUAGAAUGUCCGUUCACGAGUCUUAUUACUCCCGAUGUCGUAUGCAAUUUUCCCGUAUUUCCUUCAAAAAAAGCUGACAGUCGGUGUAUUUUUUACGAUGAGAAACAUCAAAAUUUGAGAAAUUAUCUCUGGUUUACCCUAGUAGGUCAUGUAACUGAGUAAAAACUACUUUCAGACAACUUUCCGAAAGUGUACCAGUAUCCGGAUAGUAUAUUUUGGAUAUGCGUUUUAGUAAACUUUAACCUGACUGUAAUAGCACUUUUCUGUUAACGAAAUAUUGAUGAAAGACCUGAUCAAUACAACAUGACUUUUGAUAAUUAUUAGUUUACAAUGUGACCUGAAACAGGCCUUUAACUAUGUUGUUUACAACAUGAUCUUGGUUUCAAGAUUAAGCUAAUAUAUUAAGGCCCUCCACUAUUUCAUAUUCAUAUGAAUAAGUUGACAUUCUUGGUGACAUUUUUAAGAGAAAGGCUUGAAUGGUUUAACCUAAACUAUAAAGUAAGUAAAAAUCCUUUGUAAACUUUGUUACUGGUUUUGGGAAGAUUUACCACUUAAAUUUAUUCUGUGACAUUUCCUUUAAGUGUGCAAUAAAGAUAAAUGGAAUACAUAUUAACUAUAGACAUCUAGAAAUGCAACUACUGCUAUGAUAACUUUCAGGUCGAAAAGAGCACCCUCCCCCUUUCGGACAGCACUCUGUCCCUUUUUGGCAGCACUCUGCCCUUUUUGAGCUCUAGAAAUAACACUAUAUGAUAUACUGAUGGUUAUAGUCAUUAUGUGAAAAUGUAGAAGUAAUGAAAUACAUGUUGUUGUGUUUUUUUGCAUAUGGUAUACUUAAAAAAGCACCAUUUGGGUUCGAUUUAAAAAAAAAAUCGAACACGGGAGGGGGAUACCCCUCCCGCACCCACCCCUUAUCCCGUCACAAAAACUUUACCCCAGCGCCUUAAAAAAUUUCUGGGGAAGGGCCUGUACAGUGGUAAUUUAUUUAAUUAUUGUUCUUAGCAUGAUUAUUGGUAGAAGCAAUCUGCUGGACUGGUUACACAGUUACACAUGAAAUAUAGAGUAAGACUGGUCCUCAUGUCACCAUGCAUAUAGUAAAACAGUUUCAUUUUGUUAUGUGAUAACAUGUUUUGUUGGGGUUAUUAUCAAUUUAUCACAGUGUGUUGUGAUCUGGUAUUUACAAGUGUAAAUAUUUCCACAUGGUUAUAUAUUGUCAUCACACAUGCUAUGUAAGAAAAAUUCUCUAUGAGGGUUUGAUGAAUACAUUGUUAAAAUGUCA